GGCUAGAUUUUGAAGUUGAGUGGAGGCUCGAGACUACCCCCGACCUGGAACUAAUGCUCCCACAGAUCUGAUCGGUGGUUUGGUCCGGCCUGGCUUACCCGACCUGCCCGAGCUCUGCGCGCAGCGGCUCAGCGGGGCUGCGGGCGCCGCCUCCUCUCAGCUCGCCAAAGGCUGCGGCUCUUUUGUGGGUGGGGAAGGCAGAACUGACGCAGAGUGGAGAAAAGCCAACAAGGAAGGGUUCUCAGGAAGGAAACGGCAAGAAGGCCAGGUGACUGGAGCAGAAAGAACAAGGGCCAGAGUGGUCUGUGAUGGAGAAGUGUCAGGGCCUGAUCAAGCAGAGCCUUGUAGUCCAAGAUGACAACAGCAACACGACAGGAAGUUCUUGGCCUCUACCGAAGAAUUUUCAGGCUUGCGAGGAAAUGGCAGGCGGCAUCAGGGCAGACGGAAGACACCAUUAAAGAAAAACAGUACAUAUUAAAUGAAGCCAGAACGCUGUUUGAGAAAAACAAAAAUCUCACAGACACAGACCUGAUUAAACAGUGUAUAGAUGAAUGCACAGCCAGGAUUGAAAUUGGACUACAUUACAAGAUUCCUUAUCCUAGGCCAAUUCAUGUGCCUCCAAUGGGCCUUACCCCACUACGAGGCCGAGGAUUUAGAAGCCAGGAAAAACUGAGGAAACUUUCCAAACCAGUAUAUCUCAAGUCUCACGAUGAGGUUUCCUAACCCAAAAGAAAAUUUAUUUCUCAGGAUGAUGAGCCAACUUGGUCUUGAAUAUAAACCAGAUGACAAAACCCUUUUCCUUGAUUAGGGGCAAAAAUUCAGAUAUUUUCUUAAAAACCUCCAAAAUAUUGGUACUCACCCUACGAUGUGUGCUCACACAUCCCUACAGUUGGCCAGGAUCUUGCUGCCAGAGUGGACAGCACUAACCCUAAAGUCCUGGACUUUACACCCUCACUGAAGCACCAUUUGGAAACAAGACAAAGGCCUGUAGGAGGAAGACUAAAAAACGACAGUUUUUCAGGGGAAUGCCAUUCACUAGACAUGCCAGCUGACACACAGAAAUUAGCCAGAUACUGGAAUUUCUCAUGGCUACUCUAAAAAUAUAUACUACCCUCAGAAUAGUUUUAGACAUUUUUUUUUUCAGGUUACAGAUUUGCUUGAAAGUGGGAGUUUUUUGUGUGUUUUGUUGUCUUUGCACCCUUCCAGCUUCCAGAUAAGCUCACCUUAAAAAGUGCAUCACUAUAGGUAUGUUCACCAAUUUUGAUGAUGGUUUCAUGGGUAUAUACAUGUGUCAAAACUUGUAAACUGCAUGUUAAUUAGCCUCAAUAAAGCUAUUUAAGAAGUUGUGAAUAAUUGUCCAAAAAAUACAAAAAAAAAAAAGUGCAUCACACUGGACUGAUCAUGGGUUGUCAUGGGGAUUUUAUGAGACCCAUCCCUGCCCCUGAGAUAUAUAUACACAAAAGCACGUCUUAAAUUCAUAUGUUACUUUAUCUUAAAUCUGUGAUUAGUUAGGUUGAACUAAGGAUCAGAAAGGCUCACCUGAAACUCACACUACAUGCAUUAUGAGUAUUUUACCUUAAUAUAAUUAGAAAGUACCUGGGCUAAGCUGGCUUUCAAAUAAUGUUUAAACAGAAAUGGAACAAAGAGAUCAAAACACAAAGGAUUUACAUGAAGAGUCAGCUGAGGUUCCCAAGGCAAGUCAUUUGUACACAGCAUCAUUCCCUCUUACCUCUAAAGAGGAUGAGCAUCAGCAGAGAAAACAAAUCUCUAUCAAUUUUGUUAUCUGUAUUCUUUUCCAAAAUGGCCUUGUGACUAAUAAAAGCAGCAGUUGAUAUCUU